AUGUCCUACCCGCAGUUCGGGUACCCCUACUCCUCGGCACCCCAGUUCCUGAUGGCCGGCAGCCCCCUGGGCACGUGCUGCGAGUCCGGCGGCCGCGCGCUGGCCGAGGCGGGGCCCGCCGCGCCGGCCCAGGCGCCCGUGUACUGCCCGGUGUACGAGGGCCGGCUGCUGGCCACGGCGCGCCCCGAGCUCGGGCCCGCGGCGCUCGGCGUGUACGGGGCCCCCUACGGCGGCGCGCAGGGCUACGGCAACUACGUGACCUACGGCUCCGAGGCGUCCGCCUUCUACUCGCUGAACAGCUUCGACGCCAAGGACGCGGCGGGGUCCGCCCACGCCGGCCUCGCGCCCGCAGCCGCCUACUACCCCUACGAGCCCGCGCUGGGCCAGUACCCCUACGACAGGUACGGGACCAUGGACAGCGGCACGCGGCGCAAGAACGCCACGCGGGAGACCACCAGCACGCUCAAGGCCUGGCUGCAGGAGCACCGCAAGAACCCCUACCCCACCAAGGGCGAGAAGAUCAUGCUGGCCAUCAUCACCAAGAUGACCCUCACGCAGGUGUCCACCUGGUUCGCCAACGCGCGCCGGCGCCUCAAGAAGGAGAACAAGAUGACGUGGCCGCCCCGGAACAAGUGUGCGGAUGAGAAGCGGCCCUUCGGGGAGGGCGAGGAGGACGGGCCCGAGGAGGAGGCCCCAGGGGAGCCCCUCAAGAGCACCAAGAAUGAAGAGUCGCCCGGCAAGGAGAGAGAGCUGGCGCUCAGCGACCUGGAGGACUUUGACCCCCUGGAGACCGAGCCCCCAGUGUGCGAGCUGAAGCCCCCCUUCCAGCCUCUGCACGGCAGCCUGGAGCGUGUCCCCCUCGGACCUGACGGCCCCAGUGUCCCCGGCAAGGAAGCCUCCGGUGCCCUCCACACGCCCCUGGCUGCUGCGGGCGGGGCCGCCCUGGGCCCAGACCUGGAGCGGGCCCGGAGCUGCCUGCAGGGCGCGGCUGCAGGGCCGGAGCAGCAGCCUGGCGCAGGAGCAGGCCCGCAGGCAUGUGAGGCCAAGCUGGGCUUCGUGCCCGCGGGGGCCGCGGGGAGCCUGGAGGCCAAGCCCCGCAUCUGGUCGCUGGCGCACACGGCCACCGCCGCGGCCUCCGCCCUGAGCCAGACUGAGUUUCCGUCCUGUAUGCUCAGGCGCCAGGGCCCCUGCACGCCCGCGGCGGCCUCGGCCUCUUCCUUGGCGCCCUCCCCGCCCGCCGCCCCCGCCUCCACCAGCGCCCCGGACCGGCACCAGGACUCCCCGGUCACCAGCCUCAGAAACUGGGUGGACGGCGUCUUCCACGACCCCGUCCUCAGGCACAGCACUUUGAGCCAGGCCUGGGCCACCGCCAAGGGCAACCUCCUGGACCCAGGGCCGCUGGGACGCUCGCUGGGGGCCGGAACCAACGUCCUGCCCACGCCCCUGGCCCGCGCCUUCCCGCCAGCAGCGCCCCGAGAUGGCCCCGCCCCUGGCCUCGCCAAGGAGCUGCUGGCCCUGCCCAAGGCCGGGGGCAAACCCUUCUGUGCUUAA